CCACCUCUUCCGCACGCUCCGGAUCUUUUCCACCCCUAUAAAUCUCUACUCCAACCUGUCCAGUGGCAAUACAUCCACUAGCACUCCCUCAAAAUGUCGAUUCGCGCUACCACCUCUUCAUCCCUGCUCCGAUCCAUCUCGGCCGGCCCGGCCAGCAGGACUCUCGCCCGCCAAGCCCGAGCCGGUGCAGCCUCCUCCUCUCUACUGGCCACCUCUGCCUCGCGAGCUUCACCAUCAGUAUUGGCCUCACCUCGUAAUGCCGCACAGCCUUGCGCUGCUGCUGCUGCUUCCUUUUCUACCUCGGUGAGGAGGGCAGAGGAGUUUGAGAACCCAUUUGGGAUCAACUCGCUUGCUAAGUUGACUGAGGAGGAGGAGAUGCUCAAGGAGGCUGUCUCUCGCUUUGCUGAGGAUGUCGUGCGCCCAAAAGUCGAGGCCAUGGACGAAGCCGAGAAGAUGGACCCAGAGAUCAUCAAGGGUCUCUUUGAUCAAGGCCUCAUGUCCAUCGAGACUGAUCCGGAGCUCGGCGGAGCUGGCGGAUCCUUCACUGCUGCUAUCAUCGUCAUUGAGGAGCUUGCCAAGGUCGACGCCUCCGUCAGUGUGCUAUGUGACGUCCACAACACUCUGGUCAACACUGUGCUGCGCAAGUACGCAACCAAGGAGCUGCAGGAGAAGUACCUCCCUCAGCUUGCCACCGACCAGCUGGGUUCCUUCUGCCUCUCUGAGCCUGCUUCGGGAUCAGAUGCUUUCGCUAUGAAGACCUCUUGCAAGAAGUCGGACGACGGCAAGCACUGGAUCAUCAAUGGUUCCAAGAUGUGGAUCACCAACUCUGCCGAGGCAGAGUUCUUCAUCGUCUUUGCUCAGGGUGACCCCUCCAAGGGUUACAAGGGUAUCAGCGCCUUUGCCGUCGAGAAGAACAUGGGUGUGGAGAUUGCAAAGAAGGAGAAGAAGCUGGGUAUCCGAGCUUCCUCGACUUGCACUGUCAACUUUGAUGAGGUCAAGGUACCCGUGGAGAACCUCAUCGGUGAGGAAGGAAAGGGGUACAAGAUUGCCAUUGAGAUUCUCAACGAGGGCCGAGUCGGUAUUGGAGCUCAAAUGGUCGGAAUUGCUCAAGGCGCCUUUGACAAGAGUGUUCGCUACGCCGCUGAGCGCAAGCAAUUCGGCCAGUCCGUGGCGAGCUUCCAGGGAAUGCAGUUCCAAAUGGCUCAAGCUGCAACGGAGAUCGAGGCAGCAAGGCUCAUGGUGUACAAUGCUGCUAGGCUCAAGGAGGAGGGAAGGCCCUUCACUAAGCAGGCCGCCAUGGCUAAGCUCUACGCUAGUCAGGUCGCCGCUAGUGUUGGAUCGAGCGCCAUUGACUGGGCUGGUGGACUGGGAUUCACCAGGGAGACUGGAAUCGAGAAGUACUGGAGAGAUUCGAAGAUCGGAGCCAUCUACGAGGGAACGAGCAACAUCCAGCUGCAGACCAUUCAGAAGCUCACCUUCAAGGAGAUGGGUCUGUAAAGGUCGUUCCGGCUAC